CGCUUCGAAACGCUUUUUCAAAUGACUUUGUUUUUCGAUUAAAAAAAAAAAGCGAUUCCAUAAAAGCGAUUCCUCCGCCCGUCCAGGAGGCGCGUGGGAAAAGAAAAAAAAACAACAAAACAAAACAAAACAAAGAAGACAAAGUGUGGCGGAAGUCGUUUAUAAACGCAAAUGUUCGGAAAGCAAAGUUCCUCUGGAGUUUUUCUCUGUUUGAGACGACCUGGGGAAAUUUGUCCCUGCAAUGUGAGGAGGGUAUAUAACCCAGCGGGACGCGCAUGGAGCGCAGUCCCGAGACGCGCGCUCACUGGAGUCUGGCUGAAAGAUGAAUUUAUAUGUUUCCACCGUCAUCUUGGCGCUGCCACUGCUGAUCAGCUGUCAAAAUCCCAUAAGACACUGGACCCUGCUGCCCAACAUUCUGGUGGUGGAUGUGGACGGCAGGGUGGGCCAGCAGGCUCUGAGCUGCUUGGAACUGCUAGAGGAAGACAUGAGGGGAGACAACCGGAGCCAAGAGAUCUUUUGGAGGAGGAAUGGGAAAGAACAAGCUCAGAGAGGGAAUUCGUUCCUGGUGCAGCUGGAGGAAAGCACGGGAGGGGGGAACUACACCUGCCACAGCAAGAACGGCUCGCUUCUAAAUCACACUGUGGUUCUGAUCCAAAAGUACGGAACCAAGAGGAUCCUUGUAAAACAUGAUCCAGAGGAUUACCUAAAGUGCUCCACUCAGAACUACAGCGGAGAGUUUCACUGCUCCUGGAUCUGGGACAGCAGUCGUGUUGGCAAAGUAGCUUUUAUCAAAGCUCAACGCAGUUCCGACAACGGCGACGCCCACUGUUCGGUGGACACCCAGGAGCGCUGGCUGUGCUCCACAGGACAAAGCAACUUCAGCUGUUCAGUCUCUGAGAGUGGGGACGGGAUCUCCUGCCUGGAGGGGAACUACUGCCCCUACGCCGAGGAGAACCAGCAGAUCCACAUCAGCGUCUAUGUGAAGUCUGAGCAGUUCCUGCUGGAGAACUACUCCAAAGGCUUCUACUUGUCAGAGAUAGUGAAACCCGACAAAGUGAGGAUUGGUAAAGUCAACGCUACGGCGAUAGAGUGGAGUUACCCGAGCUCCUGGAGCAGCCCCUACUCUUACUUCCCCCUCACGUUUGAUAUCAUACAGCUCAGGGGGAGAUGCCACAACUGUGAUAAUCCCUGCACUCAGUCCAAAACUUUAAAGACUUCGACAGUCCAUUCUGCAGCCAUCUGUCAGUUUGAAGUGAAGCGCAGAGCCAAGGCAGUGUGUGUCAGAGCGAAGGACGCGUUCUGUAACUCACAGUGGAGCGAAUGGAGCCACAUCCGUCUGAAUCAGAAAAAGUGUGAGGCGGGGCUGCACGGUAGUGUAGUGGUUAGCACGCUCACCUCAAAGAGAGACUAUCCCUUGUACGAGUCCAGUCGGGGGUCUUUCUGUGUGGAGUCUGCCAGCUCUUCUCAGAGACUGAGGGGAGGCAGGAGGAAGAACAAAACGAGCAAAGAGCGAAACAAACAACAGGCAUAACAGAAGAACGGGAAUAACAACACCGUGUUUUAUGGGCUUUUAUAUAUUCCUGUUUGUCUCAUCUGAUAACAUUAUGUUUGUACUGGGUGACUUUUCUUACUAAUAAGCAAAUAAAUAAAGUAGAAUU